AUGAGAAACUUGUUGAUCGGUGAAGGUGGUGGGAGCGACAAUAGGGAUGAUGUUGAAAGCCAGCUAUCUGCGCAAGAGACCGCCUGUGGCAGCGAGUAUUCUGAGAAUGAAUCCAUUGACGUUUAUAGCGACGAGGACUCUGACAGCGACUUCGACCUCCCCCAGGUCCGGUUCAGCUUUAUCAAUACCGAACGGUGGAUGUUUGUUUUGCCGCUCCUCCCCCAGUACAGGAUUAGCUAUGUCUAUUUCUUGCUCCUCCUCUUUAUUUAUCCUCAGCGCCCUUCCCACCCAAUCACCCAACGCUUCCUCGACUUCCUGCGUGACGGCAUCCUGAAGGCCCCGCUCCUCCCCAUAAUCACCGCCGAGUUCUACCUCCUCACCACAAACUACGAGACCUUCCUCCUCACCGGCUGGGCCAUCAUGCGCACCCACCGCUGGCGCGGCAUCUCCGAGGCCUUCAAGCAGCGCUCCCCCUUCUACGUCGUCGCAUCACGCUACAAAACAACCUUCAUCGUCGAGAAGGCCAGCUUCGAAUCGCCCAUCGCCGUCUGGGCCAAUGGCAUCAAGGCGCCGUCGUUGUUCUACCAGCUCCACCAUCCGCGCGGCGAGUACUACUACUUCAUGCCGAACUUUAACCUGUCGUUCCGCCGGUGGCUGGAGAUCAUGGUGUUUAGGCCCGUCAGGCGCCACGAGCUGUUGAGGGUUAUUAGGAACGCGCACAUGGAGGUGGUGGGGCUGGAGUGGGAUAUGGGCUUCGUGCCCGGGAAGUGGUUCGUGGGGCGCAUGAGGGCCGAGAAUUGCCAGCGUUAUAAUGGUGGGCAGCCGGGCGGUAGAUAG